AUGGUCUCCUCUCCACUGGUAUCCUCUCCGCUAACGUCUCCCUCACUGGCAUCUGAGUCCUCAUCGCAGCCCAAGCCUCCUCAGAAAUGUCCUCCGUCUUCUGAUUUAGAUUCCUCGGCUCUUCAAAAAGCUGCCAUGCCCCUUCAGUGUCAACUACGUUCACAUCUGCGUCAACUGAAUAUCAACGUCCGCCGUAUUCUCAACAUCCAUUAUCCUGAUCGUCACGUUGUUGCCCUCCUUAUCCAUAAAGAUUAUGAAGUUGGGUUCCGUUCACAAUUAAAAAAAUUUAAGAUUCCCGUACAGGACGAUUAUGAUCCACUAGAUCCCUCGAACCUUCGUGACCCCGAUUACAACGGCUGGAACGAAGCGAACAGGACGAGAGCCGCAUGUGGCCUGUUUCUGUGUCGUAUCCUUCAUGCUCUCGAUUACCUUAAAGAUCCUGUCAAACAGGCUGUAGCCAAUUUCUUCGCUAACAAAGGAUAUAUUGAUAGUAGUGAAUUCCUUGAGCUUUUUCCCGUCAAAAAGACAUGA